AUGACGACUGUCUUUGUCUCCGGAGCCAAUGGGUUCAUUGGACAGCAUACUGUUCAGCAAUUGUUAGAAGCUGGUUACACUGUGAUUGGAUCCGUAAGAUCGCAAGAAAAAGGUAAAAAGUUGCUGACGGCAUUGAAAAGCGACAAGUUCUCGUUCGUAGUCAUUCCCAACAUUGCUGACGUUGGAGCUUUUGACAAAGUGUUGGAUGACAAUAAGCAAAUCACCACAUUUUUGCAUAUUGCUUCUCCCUUCAGAUUUAAUGUUCAAGACAUUGAGAAGGAAAUAUUGAUUCCUGCAAUUGAAGGUACCAGAAACGUCUUGACCUCUAUCAAGGACCAUGCUCCACAGGUUACGAAGGUUGUUGUUACAUCUUCUGAUGCUGCUGCCAGAGAAAACGACGACAAGAACCCAGACCUCACUCUUGACGAGUCGGUAUGGAGCAAGGCUACUUACGAAAGUUCUAAACACGACCCAGUAGCUGCAUAUCUUGGCUCCAAGCCUUUGGCUGAGAAAUUGGCGUGGAAGUUUGUUGAAGAGGAAAAGCCAAACUUCAAGUUGAUCACCGUGUUGCCAAGUUACACCUUUGGCCCUCAGAUUGAUGAUUCCUUAGUGUUGAAGGACUUGAACUCGUCCUCUAAGGUGUUUGAAGAAAUCAUUACGCUGAACCCAGACUCUCAAUUGUAUACUCACAAUGGUAGCUUUGUUGAUGUGAGAGACGCUGCCAAAGCUCAUUUAGUAGCCUUCCAAAAUGACGAAGCCAUUGGCAAGAGAUUAAUCUUGUCCAGUAAUAGAUUCACCUCACAAACUAUUAGAGAUAUUCUUCUCAAGGAAUUCCCACAAUUCAAGGGACAGAUCUUCGAAGGUGUGCCUGGUGAAGACAUUGAAGAUAUCAAGCAAAUGCCUGUGUUAAACUACUCACAAACCAACAACAUCUUGGGCUUCAAAUUCAGAGACAUCAAGACAUCCUCAGUUGAUGCGGUAGCACAACUCUUGAGAGUUAGAGAUGCUUAA